AUAAAUAUAUAUUUUUUCAUUUGUCUCCUAUAUUAAGCGAAUCAAUUCAUCUAUCAUGUCCUAUCCCACCUCUUCCCCAGAACUUCCCCCCCAACCCUUUGUAUUCACUAGUCCCGACCGUGUCCUUGUUCGCGCCCUCCCGCAUCCCUUGGCCUCGACCAACAAAAAGGUUACACUCUCUCUGAGACGUACACCACCAUCUUCAUCUUCGCAGUCGUCUUCCUUGUCACCAUCCUCUCCUUCUUCCGCGAGUCACUCAUCGUCUGGUGCUAUCGCUCUCUCAGAACCAUCAACGGCACCCCAAAACAUCCAGAUCGCUAACACUUCGCGUCGUAGCAUGAUCUCCACGCUAACCAGCUCUCUCCAAGAACAGAAGCAGAUCCUUUCAUCACCCUCCCUCCUCAACCCUCAGUCCAACACAAUUGCUUCGUCUGUCAAACUAGAGCGACCAUCGCCGUCGCCUCUGGUCACUACUGCGACCACGUCGUCACAACAAGGUACUGGCGAUAAGCUUGCUCACCUCCGAAAAUACAGCGCGCAAUUCCAUAAGAAUGGCAUGCCAAUCAAAUCCGCAAUGAAGAGUCCUGCUGUGACCCUUGAUGUAAAAACCAGUCCUCAAACAUUGUAUAGACCCUCGUCUAUCCGUUCUCAUUCCUCACCCACACCAUUGACGAGCCCCAAAUAUGUGCACUUCAACACCCAGUUGGAGCAUGUACGUCUGUUUUUGCAGGGCGAGACACCAUCCUGUGUCGCUGAGCGUGAAACUAUCGUAGAUGGACGACAACAUGAUCGAUCUACAAGCGAUAUCAAGAUUACCUUUCCGAACUGGAAGCCCACUCCUCCGGAUUCGCUCCGGUCCGUCAGCAUGGACUCAGGAGCACUACCCAUGCGAAUGGAAAGCGUGGAGCUUUCUGUAGAUCAGACUGAACUGGAAGGAAAGAUUUUGGUUCAAAACAUUGCUUUCCACAAACAUGUCUCUGUACGAUAUACAGUAGAUUUUUGGCAGUCAUUCACGGAGGUAAUGGCAGAAUAUGAAGAAUCGAUUCCAAGCUCAAGUAUGGACCGGUUCUCAUUCGAAAUACCUUUGGAAAUGGAGCGAGCCAUGGUGGAAAAAACAUUCUGUAUGGCAGUUCGGUACCAAGUGAGUGGACGAGAGUUUUGGGAUAGCAACAAUGGUAUGAACUAUCAGGUCGAGUGCAAGCGCGUUGUUGUAGUAGCGUCAGCAACAACAGCAUCUGAUUUGUCCAAACACAUGAACAGUCUGCUUCUGGGAUCGCCUAUGCCUGAUUAUAGCAAGCCAGUUCUCAGGAAAAACCUAGCCAAUAGGUACGACCUCUCGUCCUCGCUCUCGGCCGCCUAUAGCCAACCCAUCGCUAUACCAAUGCGCUCCUCUAGUGCCAAUACCAAGGUCGAUCUUCCAUAUGUGAUCACCAUGUCUCCUCCUAAUCAGACUGCUUAUAGAGCUAGUGAAUACAUUACACCGUCCUCCCCUUCACCACAAAACUACCAUCACUCACUUUAUGCCUCAUCACCAAAAUUCAUCGGCUCGUAUCUCUCCGCAGCGUCUCCUCCAGAGCACUUCCAUGUUGGAUAUGACCAAGUGUCGUUUGCCAAUAACAAGAAAGGGUCCCGCAACAGUUGGAAUGUCGAUAUCGAGAGGACUUCACCAACAGUAUCGCCUGCACGCUCACAUUCUUUCCCUUCAGGUCUCUAUGGCUCUUAUUCGUCUUCGCCCAAGGGAUCUUCGCCUAUUUCCAUUCCACUUGUCCAGCGCAGUCAUUCGAAUGCUGCCAGCACCACCACUGCUACUGCUGCCUCCGGCGCCCGCCCCACAGUGGAAUCGUCCAGUUAUUUUGAUCUAGUUGAUCGCUAUUGCUUCUAUGAGUCAAGCCCUCGUUCGAGCCCAUAUUCGAGCUAUCCAAACUCUCCUCCAGCGCCUUGUAUCCGGGGUUAAGCAGGCACAACCGCGAGACCUUAUUAUUUUGUAUAUAGCUUUAGUUUAGUCUACUUUUUUUUUGUUUAGAAAUCUUUGUCUGUAUAAUAGUAUUGCAAUAAAAAAGAACCCAAAC